CAGCUGGUCGUUGGCAAAUAUCUGAAAAAAUGUAGACCAGCACAGAGACCGACAGCCACUGCAGCCGGGCUGGAGCGCCCCUUCCUCCGAACACCGAUCCUCCGCGUUCAAACGAUGUGGCAGCCGGGGCGUGCGGGCUCAGGGUGCAGCCCUCCCAGGCUCCUCUUGCUUGUUUACACCUCUCUCAGCGCUGUUGGAGAUUGCCUUUUUGUGACUGAAUACUUCACCCGCACGCCUCGUAAGCUCAACGCUUUCAACUCCUUCGCCAGUGUGGAACUGUUCCACUUCAAUGUGCCUGACGACACCAUGAUGGCCGUAUGGAACCUCAUCACCUUCAAGGAGCAAGGGGGCACGUUCGGAGACAGCUGCCCCAACCGCAACGUGACUGUGUACUUCAGGUCCGGGGCUCCUCCAGUGAUCAACCCCCUGUACACCCGCUUCCCCCGGGACACGGUUGUCCCGGGUUCCUUCGCCGUGACUCUGACCUGGACUCUCCCAAACCGUACGACGGGAGCGUUCAACGUAACCAGCCCGCUCCCCGGGGACUGGUUCCUCGCAGCGCAUUUACCCAAGGAUGAAGGCAAGAUCUCAGUCAAGGGCCUCUCUGAGGAAUGCCAGUAUCUGUUCCAGCCUCAGCUCAUCGUCCAGAAGCUGAUCGGGAUUUCUGUGCUGUAUCCGGGAUACUUCAUUGACCAGAUGAUUCCGGUCCACAACAGAUCUGCACUUUACAAAGUCUUCAUUCCCAAUUAUAUAUCGAAGGUGAAGGUUCAGCUGGUGAACUGCAGCACCAAGAACAAGAGCAGCGACAGUUGUCCCGUGGUGCUGAAGAUAAGAGCGCGGGCGCCGCCGGUGCACAACUCGAGUGCCCUCGACUGCAGGGAGUGGAACCCCUGUGAAUUAGUCACGCUGGUGCCGGCCUGGGAGCAGUGGUACUACAUCCUGGUGGAGAGAUACCUCAGCAACUCUGACGUCUACUUCCGAAUCGGGGUGCAGGUCACAGAUUGUUCCAAACCCACUUUGUCGAAGGACCAAGCGCAGCCCAGCUCCUCCAUGAACAUGCCCCAGUCCUUUGGCACGGCGAUGGGUUUUUCCCUGUCCGACACGCUCCUGAUGGCGUCCCUGCCCGGCCUGUCCCAGAACACCAGCCACCUGCACACCUCGGAGGACAGCAUCGUCUAUCUCGCCCCCACCGCCGACCCCAACAAGUGCUGGCCCAUCCGCCCCACGCUGCGCAAUGAGCUUGAUACCUUCUCCGUGCACUUCUACGUCUUCUUCGGUCCGAAUAUAUCGAUCCCGCCGGACCGGGCCGCGGUGUUCGCCAUCAACCUGAUGCCGGUUUUGGACAGCGGAGGAGUCCUCAACAUGGAGCUGAAACUCAACAUUUCGACGCUGAAAGGAGCGAAUGUCACGGUGUUCGGCUGCCUGAACCACGGGAUGCCUCUCUUCUUACGUGAAAACUCAUCGCUGAAAUGCGAGUCAGAAUCUGUGGCCGGAUUUUUCCUUUCUGUGAACGCUUCCGCCAACAUCACCAAGCUGAGGAUUCCCUACCCACAAACAGGCACCUGGUACCUCAGUCUGCGUUCUCUGUGCGCCACAGAACACGGGUUUGAAGCGUGCAGUAAUAUCACUGCAGAGGUGUACAUGCGCUCCUACCUGACUCCAUGCAUCAACGACUGUGGGACGUACGGACAGUGCAAACUCCUCCGCACCAACAACUACCUUUACGCUGCAUGUGAAUGCAAAGCAGGGUGGGAUGGCUGGGGAUGCACAGACAACUCAGAGGCCUACUCCUACAGUUUCCAGCUGCUCUCCACCCUGCUGCUCUGCCUCAGUAAUCUGAUGUUUGUCCCACCCGUUGCCAUCGCCAUUCGAAGCCACUACCUCCUGGAGGCCUCGGUCUACAUCUUCACCAUGUUUUUCUCCACCUUCUAUCAUGCCUGUGACCAGCCGGGUAUUGUGGUUUUCUGCAUCAUGGAGUACGAUGUUCUCCAGUUUUGUGAUUUCCUUGGGUCACUGAUGUCAGUGUGGGUCACUGUCAUCGCUAUGGCCCGGCUAAAAUCCAUCAUAAAACAGGUGCUGUAUCUGCUCGGGGCGAUGUCUCUGUCCAUGGCUCUGCAGUUGGACCGUCACGGUCUGUGGAACCUGCUGGGACCCAGCCUGUUUGCUCUGGGCAUCAUGGCCGUGGCCUGGACGGUGCGCACCAUCCGCCGCCGCCGCUGCUACCCGCCCACCUGGAAGCGCUGGGUGUUCUUCCUCUUCCCGGGCACCAUGAUCGCCACGUCGGCCGUGGCGCUCUACGCCUUCGUGGAGACGGAGGAGAACUACUUUUACAUUCACAGCAUCUGGCACAUGCUGAUCGCGGGCAGCGUGGGCUUCCUCCUGCCGCCGCGCGCCAAGCCCGACGCCAAGGUGACCCCGCUGAAGCGCCGGCGGGGCUGCGGCUAUCAGCUGUGCGUGAACGAGCACGAGGAGCUGGGCCUGGUGGACCCGGCCAUCAUCUCAAUCAACAGCAUCUGUACCAGCUGAUAGACUCCCCGCUCCCAGCCUUUUACCUUACAGACACUUACAUUGCCUUCUUUUACUUGGGAAAUUCACACAUGGGAAAUGAAGCCACAGAACUUGAAAUAGCAAUGUAAAUACUUUAAUGCCGAUGUGACACACUGGAGUUUUUUUUUUUUUUCUGUUGAUAUUGUCAUGGUAAUUACUAUCAAUACAAAUGUAAUUAUAAUUAUUAUCUCUAGUUAAAGUUCAGAUGAAUUGUGGGUGUACAGUGUCACACUGUCGUUUGUGAAUAUGUAUUUAAAGUCAAAGCUGAAACACUGCUGCUAUCUGACGGUGACUGUAAAACUGCUUCUGUUGGUUAUUUAUUGGUGGUCUUUGUAAACAGGCCCGUUAUUUUACCGUAGGGGCACAGGUCAGGGGAAGGGGCACACGGGUGGACACUUACCAAGGGCACGGCUUUUCUGAAAUUCUUUUGGAAUAUAUCUUUUGCACUGAGACACAAAAAUGUUAUUCUGUACAUUUUUAUAUGGAUAUAUAAACUACAGUGGCAUCACAAAUGUAAAAGUUAGUCGUCAUGUGGAAUGUUAGACCGUCUUUUUUGCGAAUCGCAAUGUAUCGCUUUUACACGAAUGUGCUGGUUGCUCCCGGGAGCGGAGCAACUCCAAAGUCCGGCCGCCUGUCGAAAGAGACGAGGGGAGGCAGGAUUACUUCAGAGACCUCAAACCAAGACCUCACCUCUUUGUUCUUUUCUGACAGGAUCUGUGUGACACCACAUUCAUGAACAAUAAAUGUUUUCUUUCUUUGC